AUGGCUAGGCGGUUCGCGUUGUCAGGUUAUCAGGUACCUCCCCACGAACAUCUUCAGGAUAGCCUGGCAGGAGAAUCAGACAGUCAGCCAGGCUUAAAGCGUCCAGCGAGACACCAAGGCCAGGAACAGCCUGCUGGUAGAACAGCAGAGGCCUGCUGCUGCUUCGAGAUGAUCUCACUGCAGACAGGAUCUUACAAAAAAAGGCGUUCUGCUAGCUCUCGUCUCCGCAAUUCUCUGGCGGGUGCUGCAACGGCAAAGAGAGAAGUGCGUUUGCCAGAUCCAAACCCAUUGGCUCUAGCUCGCUAUUUCACUAUGAAAGCAAAUGGGAGGGUGAAGGGGAACAUUGUUUUAUUUCUAGCGAUCAUAUGCUUUGUGCGGCUUGCCGCCUGCGCUCGACGCUUCGGAGGCAAACAACUUGAGUGGGAAGAUGCCCCUGAAGCGCACCUCGCCUUAAGCGAAGAGGUGCGGGCUAAAGCGUUCAGCCUAAUGAAGCAUCAGUUUGCUCAGUUGGAGCACCAGCGGCUACUGGAAGCUGAGGCGGAACCCUCAUUAUCCUACCCCCAAAACUUGACUGCAAAAUCCCUAGUCAUGCUACAACUCGACGGGUCAGCAGCAACAGCUGCAAAAGCUUCAUAUAAAGGUUUACUGAGCAGCCCGGAUAACCUGGGAGCUGUUCUCGUGGGAAAAGCAGACGGGGAGGGAGAUAUGGGGAUGCCAAUCAAAGGGGAACUAGAUAAGCGUGGGGUUCCCAUGACUGCUGAAUCGGCGCCUUACUCGUUUUUGAAUUGGGGGCAAAUAGGGGGGAUGAUGCAGAACCCAGCGCUAGCACACACGGGUAUGCCAGUUUACAUGCCUCGCCAGGUUAUGGGCACCACUGUAGGGUUGGAUUUUGAUUCUCCUGCCACUUUUCAUGGGCCCUUGUUGGUGCUGCUUAUGGUCUGCAUCCUUAUCUUCUUUGCCGUGCUCCUUCUGUGCUGCUGGAUGGUCAAAAGCAAGCAGAAGCAUGACAAGUUUAUGGCCGAAAAACUGCCGCGCUAA